ACAUGCAAUUUUAUAAAUCGUGUUUAAGUGCAUACUUUGCAGUAUGUAUUAUAGUUUCUGUGACUGCGGUAGAAUUUACUCAAUCGCUGAACGGAUAUCAUAGUCCUGACGGAUUCAUAAAAUUCUGUGACCAGUAUUGGGACCCGGCUAAAAUUACGCCAAAAAGUCUCCAAAAACUGUAUCUAUCCGUACUAGAAAACAACGGGCAAGUGACAGCAUACAAUUACUACAAUGUGAAAAAACUAAUCCAUAACCCAAGCUUCGAUAAAAAGAAGAAAACUUUUAUAUGGGUUGGAUCAUACUUGGAUUUCAGUUCUUUGACCCUUGGUGAAGCAAUGGGUAGACAGUAUAAAACAAGAGGCUAUAAUGCACUUUUUUUACAUUUUUUGGAAGGACAUUGGAGGAAUUUGCUAACUUCAUCCACUGCUCGUAUAUUGCCUCAUAUAGGGAAAUACGCAGGUCACAUGCUGGCUAACCUAACAGCAGUUGGUCUGGAUCCAAAGAAGUUCCAUCUAGUCGGUUACGGCACGGGCGGGCAACUCAUGAGCUUCGUAGCGAAAAGAUAUAGAGAGUACACCGGCAGAAACAUUUCCUUGCUCGUGGGUCUUGAUCCCGCUGGACCAUGCUUCAGAACCAAAGGACCAGAUGGGAGACUGGACCCAUCUGACGCAGAUUUCGUCCUCAGCGUCGCUACAAACAUUGAUGGACAUGGCAUAGCGACUCCCGUCGGACAUGCGACUUUCUACGUCAACGGAGGUGAAUACCAGAACUUCGACCUAUGGAUGUUACCAUGUGAUCUUGUCUGCAGUCACGUUAGAUCAGUAGUAUACUGGACAACUAUGCUAAUGAAUCCUGGUAACAGGUAUAUAGGGAUUAAAUGCGACUCCAUACAACAGGCAAGGGAACAUAAGUGCUAUGAAAGAGUGCCUUUGGAAACGAAUACUAUGGACUUGAAAGUUGAUAGGACUAAGCCUGGUAUUUAUUAUGUAGCUACGUUACACAGAUACCCGUAUGCUGUAGGUAAAGACGGCUUGAGGAGAGAGGAUAAUCCUAUGUAUAGAACGCACGACUUGAUCAAUGGUGCUAAUGUUAUGAGAGUCGAUGGAUUAUAA